AAAAAACUGAGAAACCUGAUGGAUUUUGAGUUCAAAUUAGUGUGGAUUUGAGCAUUUUUGCAGGGUUUCUUCGAUUUCUUCUUGUUUUUCUGUAAUGGGUAUUUCUGAUUCAUUUGCUGAAACUGAGAGACUCCAUUGAUUCUGAGUUGAACUCUGUUUCUUCUUGUUCUUCUGCGAUUGGGUUCUGAUUCAAAUACAGAAAAAAACUGACAAACUUGAUGGAUUUUGAGUUGAAAUUGGUGUAGAUUUGAGAAUUUUUGCUGGGUUUCUUCGAUUUCUUCUCGUUUUUCUGUAAUGGAUAUUUCUGAUUCAAAUGCUGAUAAGAACAGAGAAGCUUGAUGGAUUUUGAGUAGAAAUCCUCUUGGGUUUAAUCGAGCAAGUUUUCACCUCUGUUCUUCAGUUCUGAUAAAAGUUUUGCAGAUUUUGAAUUGAAAUCAUAGUGGGGGUUGAUUCUCAGUUUCAAUUCCAGCAAGUUUUCACAAAUCAAUGGCCGGAAUGUUGCCGGGAGUUGAAUGCGCCAGAAGGCGGCGAUUCCACCAGAGCAUAACCUCAUCGGACACGCCAUCCACGGCGGCGAAAUUAGGAUCCACACGAAGGCCGUCGUUCUGUUUGUACACGAGCAACCGUGAUUUUCACAUCACUUCAUCAUCGUCUUGUUCACAGCAACGGAGCUCAUCCCAUCAAGCUUACCAGAACGAGAAGCUUGGUGAAAUUGCAAGAGAAGCUAAGGAACGGUUGGAUGAGAGGUUAAGAACUCAUAGAAAACCUGAAAAUCCAAGGAAAAAGAGUGGAGAAGGGUGGAAAGAAGAAUCAAUAACGAAGAAGAGGUUCACUUGGGGGAAGCUGAUGAAAUGGAAAGCCUCGGAGCAGGAAGAGUGCGCCGUUUGUUUGGAAGGGUUCAGAGCGGGUGAGCCGUUGGUCCAUCUUCCAUGCGCCCACAAGUUCCACUCCGCGUGCUUGGUGCCUUGGCUCCAAACCAAUGCCCAUUGCCCAUGCUGUAGGUUCCCGUUUCCCUCUUAAUAACAAACCAAUCACCGAGCUUGCGAUUUUAUAUUGUUAGAUGUACGAGAGAAGCGAAAUAAGAAAGGAUUUAGCCUCGACAUUGCCAUUAGGGAUCUUGUUUUGCUCUUCAAGACUUUGUUUGUUAUAUUAUAUAAUCCAAGUUCGGUUUCUUGUCUUCAAA